ACUUUUGACAGAGUAAAUAAAGGCAGCGGCCCCUUUUCUUGGUUGGACAAGCCAACUGCUCCUCUCCCGGGUCUUAACUCUCAGGCUGUCGGUGUCACUCGACCUCGGUUUUCAUCUCGCCCUGUAAAACUAGGCACCGAGCUGUUCGAUUCAUACAAGCAAGAGGAGGAAUUCCCGUCUUGCAGAGGAGGGAAGGAAACAGCUGCUGCCUUCGCCUAAUCAUGGAGAAGGGGAUCUGGGGCUUUACCAUUCUCAUUGUCUGCAGCUUGGCAUCCCGAACUGAGGGCUUGGGUAUGGAUCAGAAUCGGCAAAUACUUGGCUUUCAAGGAAAUGCUGGUGACGCAUUAGACGAUGAUCCUGUGGGGAGGUUGAAGGUGUUCGUCUACGAAUUGCCCAGCAAGUACAAUGUCGACUUGGUAAAAAGAGAUCCAAGAUGCCUGACUCACAUGUUCGCUGCAGAGAUUUUCAUGCACCGGUUCCUGUUAUCGAGUCCUGUUCGAACACUCGAUUCCGAGGAAGCUGACUGGUUCUAUGUCCCAGUUUACCCAACCUGUGACCUGACCAAAGAUGGCCUUCCUCUGCCCUUCAGAUCUCCGAGAAUGAUGAGGAGCGCGAUACAACUAAUUGCCUCGGAAUGGCCUCAUUGGAACAAAACUGAAGGAGCAGAUCACUUCUUCGUCGUCCCCCACGAUUUCGGGGCAUGUUUCCAUUACCAGGAAGAGACUGCGGUGGAACGCGGAAUCCUCCCCCUGCUUCGACGUGCUACGUUGGUGCAGACUUUCGGGCAGAAGAACCAUGUCUGCUUGAAGGAGGGAUCAAUUGUCAUUCCUCCAUACGCCUCGCCCCAGAGGAUGCACGCACACUUGCUUCCUCCAGACAUCCCUCGCUCCAUCUUCAUUUACUUCCGCGGAUUGCUUCACGACGGUAUGAAUGAUCCCGAGGGGUGCUACUAUGCGAGGGGCGCUCGGGCCUCGUUAUGGUUGAACUUCAAGAACAAUCCCAUCUUCGACAUCUCGACCGAACAUCCAUCGACUUACUACGAAGACAUGCAACGCUCGAUUUUUUGCUUGUGCCCGUUAGGUUGGGCUCCUUGGAGUCCCCGAUUGGUGGAAGCCGUGGUGUUCGGUUGCAUUCCCGUGGUCAUAGCCGAUGACAUCGUGCUGCCUUUCGCGGACACAAUUCCGUGGACGGACAUUGCAGUAUUUGUAGCUGAGAAGGACAUCGUAAGGUUGGAUACGAUACUGACUUCGAUGCCGACAGAGAUUAUAUUGAGGAAACAGAGACUGCUCGCGAAUCCUUUGAUUAAGCUGGCCGUGUCUUUCCCACAGCCUUCGAGACCGGGGGAUGCCUUCCAUCAGAUACUGAAUGGUCUUGCUCGUAAGCUUCCACAUGGAAGCAGCGUCUACUUACAGCCAGGGCAGAAGGUUUUGAACUGGACUGCAGGCUCUGUGGAGGACACUUAUCCAUGGGAGAAAUAGAUAGAUGUAGAGAGACCCUUCAAUACAUUAUAUUUAUUUCGACAUUGUAGUUACAGCAAAUCAUGCACCACCUCCCCAACUAAAAAGAACGAAACUUCAAUGUGUGAAGAAGAAAAAAAAGGGGGAUGAAAGCUAGAAAUACAUUGUUGCAGGCACUCCAAAUUAACUAAGCAGCCUUAUUUCUGUGCAUGAUGUA